UUAACCUAGCUACUGAGUUCUUUUUUCUCCUUGAUUUUCCUAGCUCCUCCUCUUGCUUGGAUCUAAGAACUGAUAAUGGCGACAAGCAGAGCAGAAGGAAAGAGGAGCUUGAGGGAGAUUAGCGAGGAAGAUGAAGAGGAGACCGAAGACGAAGACACUGGAGAGGAUGAUAAGAACAAAAAAGGGAAGAAAGGGUUGUCAUCCGGUUCAAGCCGCUCAACGCCAGUUUCUUGUCAGGCAGAUUAUUGUGAUACCAAUCUCAGUAAUGCUAAGCCGUACCACCGGCGUCACAAGGUCUGCGAAUACCAUGCCAAGGCUCCCGUUGUCGUUGUUGCCGGAAUACAACAGCGCUUCUGCCAGCAAUGUAGCAGGUUCCAUGAACUACUGGAAUUUGAUGACAGUAAAAGGAGUUGUCGACGGCGUUUGGCAGGCCAUAACGAGCGGCGCCGGAAAAGCUCAUCUGAAUAUCAGGGAGAAGGCUCAAUCUGAGCAGAGGAUUAUUAAUGGGGAAGUGGCCGGGUAAACUCUGCUCGACUCAUAUUAAUGGCGUCCCAAAAUAAUUUAUGAGAUCGACUAAGAUCUCUAUCUAAACCAUGCUCUCUCUCUUCUGUCAAUUGUAAGCUGUCGUUGAGCAGCUAUUCACUAUCUUUCAAUAAAUAAAAAAAACCUGCAAUCUAUAUAUAAUUAUGCGAAGCUACAUAUUUUGAUUUCCA